UUGAAAUGUAGUAAAUUACUGGCAAGGUCGAGUAGUGGCGCUGGUACUGUACAUCCCCGGUAACGUCACCUCGGCCAUGGCGGGUCCCCGCGUGUUACACAUGUGGUUGACCCUGUAAACGCGAUGGCCGUGAGGGUGUUACGCGUCGGUACAGCGGGGCCGGUGACUUGUCGUCUGGGCGCUACGGAGGAAUACUUCCCGGACUCACGUGACGGAGCGCGCGACUGAUUACCUUGUCAGGAACCAGCCACCGUCAACGCCAAACGCCCGGUAGACCCACGCUUCCUGCUAACAUGGGUUCCGCUGAUAAUCACGGAGCCGUCACGGAGACCGGGUCCCCCAAACCCGCCGCGGCCGUGUCCCCGGCCGGACACGUCCGCCAGGUCUUCAGCCACGUGAAGGUGGAGAACCUGUUGGCGGGGCUCAGCGGAGGAGUGGUGUCAACGAUGAUGCUUCACCCGCUGGAUCUGGUCAAAAUCAGGUUCGCAGUGAGCGAUGGAUUGCACAUGAGGCCCAAGUACAGUGGCAUACUCCACUGUAUGAAGAGUGUCUGGCAGCAGGAGGGACUCCGAGGACUCUACCAAGGAGUGACACCCAAUAUUUGGGGCGCCGGAGCGUCUUGGGGUCUCUACUUCUUUUUCUACAAUGCCAUCAAGGGGUACGCAAAGGAGGGCCGCGUAACUGAACUGAGUGCCACGGAGCACCUGGUGUCUGCAGCCCAAGCAGGCAUCCUGACGCUCACCCUAACCAACCCCAUCUGGGUGACCAAGACGCGGCUGGUGCUCCAGUACGAUGCCGACCCGACCGGGAAGCAGUACAAGGGGAUGAUCGAUGCUCUGGUGAAGAUCUACCGCCACGAGGGAGUGCCAGGGCUGUACAAGGGUUACGUCCCUGGUCUGUUGGGCACGUCUCACGGAGCGCUGCAGUUCAUGGCCUACGAAGAGCUCAAGAGAGACUACAACAAGUACAAGAAAGUGCCUUCAGAUGCAAAGCUGAGCUCAUUGGAGUACAUCACAAUGGCAGCAGUAUCCAAAAUAUUUGCCGUGGCCACAACGUACCCAUAUCAGGUGGUGCGAGCUCGUCUGCAGGACCAGCACAAUACAUACAAAGGAGUCCUUGAUGUCAUCACACGGACAUGGAGGAACGAAGGCGGCGUUGGCUUCUACAAAGGAAUCAUCCCCAACGUGAUUCGAGUCACUCCGGCAUGCUGCAUCACGUUUGUAGUUUAUGAGAAUGUGUCUCGCUACCUCCUGGGACAAAAUCAGUGAGGCCCAACAGGGCGGCGAGGACAGGAGGAGACUCUGAGCUCACGCCGGCGCUUCGGUCGGCAUUCAGAGACGGACAGCUGCACCCUCGGCGCGGUCUACGUGUAAAUGUGCAGAUGUGAGAAGCAUUCGUUUGCACCGAGUAAGCGAAAUGGUUGCCAACUCUGAGCCACAGAAUCAACGGGGGAUUGUUUUCUUUUUCUUUUCUUUUUUUAGAUGCAUGACAAACACUUCUCUACCUGCCAGAGGACAUGCAGCGUUUUUAUGAUGCGUCUGAUGUCAUCGUAGUUGUUUACUAUUUAUGUUCUGGCAGCAGAGAGGGGAAAACCAGCUGAUUAUCAGCAGCAGAAUUGUAGAUCUCAGGGUUCCAUUUGCAUGUGUGUUUCAUACUAGUUUGUGUCUUUUAAAUUAUUGAUUCAUGUAAACACACACAGCAGCACUGUGGAUGAUUUCGUUUAUCCGCAGAAUUCGUUUAUGUCCCGGCUACAAAUUGUAUCCGCAGCCCAACUGCUUUAUCUGCGUUGUUGUGUUGGAUUUAUAUAAAUACAUGUGAUGUAUGAACAGCAUUGAGUUUAUCACAGAGCAUUUCAAAGCUAGUUAGAAAGUUACAUUUAAAAAAAAGCAAGAAAUUACUUUAUUAACAGCAAUAAUGAAUAUAAACAUGUCAAAUGA